AUGGACAGAUCCAUCCUGCUGGAACUCCCCAUACUGCUCUUCUGCUUUAGGGCAUUAUCUGGAUCACUUUUACAGAGAAAGGCUGCAGUCAAUGAAGAAGUUGUCGUGGAAGAUAAUUAUCCUGUGAUAGAAAUUGCUCAGUGUAGUAUGUGGCACUUCCAGUUCUCAGGAGAAGUGUGCUCCAGAAGAAGAGGAGCACGGCAUCAAUGGAAGAGUGCUGCAUGGAAUGGUACUCCCCUGUUAAUCGUCAUGGGCUGCCAAAAGAACUGUGCUGAUGUAAAAGGCAUAAGGUGGAGUGUCUAUUUUGUGAACUUCAGGGGCUGCAGGGGCUACGACCUUUGCAAUGAAGACUUUUAG